CGCGGGGGCGGGUGUUGGAGAGGUCCAGCCUUGGAAGUCGUUCCCAAACCGGUGCGGCCGCAUUUCUGCACCGACAUCAGAGGGUGGAAAUUCCUCUUGAUCUGCAGUUCAAAGCCUCCCUGAGGAUGAAGCGCUGCAGCUCGGGCUUGCAAAUGUGAAAUACAAAUCCGCCCGGAGCCCAAAUCCCUCUGAAAAGCGAGGAAAUAGGCGGCUGAAGGUCACUGCUGCUGCCUGUCCUGCUCCAGCAGCAAUCCCCCCGGGAUGAGCGGGAUGGGGGCUGCUGCUGGGGAGGGCGUUUCAAUUCCCUCCACAGCACUCAGGGACUUGAAAAAUGCCUGGAAAACGUGGCAUGUCUCCCAGGCCGGGCCGGAUCUGCCCAAUCCUGCAGCUUUUAGGGGACAAGGGGCAGCUGAAUGUCAAGUUCUUGGGAUUUAGUAAUGUUUUGAUCCCAGGGUUGACAGGGAAGUGCUGAUCCAAAGCGCUCCUGAGGCGUCUGUGGCCAUGGUGGGCUCCAGCGUGUGGAACAGCAGCUCUGAAGCAGCUUUCCACAGGGUGACCUCGAUCUGCUGAUCUCUCCCUCCUCCCAAGGGACAGCUUUUCACACCUUGUUUUCCUCCUGCUUUGCUCAGAGCUUUCCUGAGGUUUGGUUUGGAUUGGAAAAGCAAAGGCACUGUGUAAACCUGCCCCUCCUGCCUCAGCCCAGCUUUUAUCCACUGGUGUGUCUGGAUUCAGCCACUUUCCCUGCGAGCACAGGGAGCUGCCACCACAGCUUGUGGAGCCCUCAGAGGCUCUGGUGUGUCUUGGUGGAAAGGUCCUGGUAGGGAAGAACAAAGGAGAAGGAGUGCAGAGAAGUCUGAGUGUUGUUCACAGGGAUAGCUUCUGCCAGGCAUGAAGGGGUGUUGGGAGGAGAACUCCCCCCCCUUUUUUCUUUUCCUGGAGGAUUUAGCUCCUGUCUCCCUAAUCUGUAUCAGCUGGGUCUGUCUUCUUGCACAUGAAAGAUCCAGGCUGUAUUUCAAAGGCACCGUUCCCACCCGGAGCUCUCAGCUUUUCCCAGCCGUGUGCUGAGUUCGGGGCCUCUCGAUUUUGGUUUUUCAAUGUGACCUUUGCUGUUAAUCCCCAGCCCAAACGGGGCCGUGCACCGAAAUGGAAUGACCUGUUUCUUGGGAAUUCAGCUCCAGUUUAUCCUCAAGCUGCUUUAGCUUAAACUCUUCUCUCCUUUCCUCUCGCUCUUCUAGGUCAGAGCCUGGAUCCGAGUGCAGGUUUUGCUGUAAGGGCACCUUAGAGGGGAGAUAGUGACUCGUGAUCUGUUUAUAAAAAUACCCCCCUUGUCCUGCAGGUCCCUGUGGAUUGUCCCUGUGGAUUGUCCCUGUGGACUGUCUGGAGCCUGUCGCAGGGUGUCAGCAGGUCACACUGAGAGACCCCAGCAGUGCUGGCCUGGCACGGGUGGCACUGGAUGGUUUGUGCCAACUGACAAUCCCUGUUUGUCUCUCUGUGAGAUGAAUUGCUGUCACAGGGGCCACUGAGGGAAGUGUCACCCUGGGAGUAACCAGCUGGCACAGGAGCAGAGCGGGGACACAACGCGUGACGUUCCCGUGGGUCGGAAGGUGGUGGCCCUGGCAUCACUCCUGUGCUGGCUCAGGGCUGUGACACACGAGCCCGAGUCAGGAGUCUCAUUACCUGGCGUGUUCCUCAGCUGGAUCCCUGCUAAUUCCCUCCGGCAGCUGAUCCAGCACGGCUGGGGCUCUGCCCGGAGCCACUCGUGCCACCCUGGCCCUGUGAUCCCACUGCGGGUGGGAAGGAGCACAGGGAAAAGUGUUCCUGUUCCAACACGUCCCAGACGAGCACGUUCAGAGCUGUCUGUGAUCCUGCUCCAGUGGGAAAGGCUGAGGCUGGAUGGGUUUGCUGGGUGUUGUUCCUGACUGGAGUGUCCGGGGGGAUCGAUGGAUGUCAGAUCUUGGGUGGGAGGCCCCGAGCUCGGCCUGGGGAGAAGGAGCAGCACGUUUGUUAUGGGAGGGCACUGGGGAGCUGGGAGCCUCAGGGACUUGGAAAAUGCCAUGAGAUAGGGGGAGGAAUGUCUUCCUGAUGAAGCUGUAGCUGAGGACUUCUCACAGGGUAGAAGAGCUGAUUUUAAUUAAAAGGCAGUUUAGGUAUUUAUUUAUUUCCCUGAACCCUAGAGCCAGUGGUUUGCCCGAGGGCAGGGGAGCUGCUGUUGUGACAGCCAUGCUGCUGCUCCCUGCUUCCCGUUCUCACACCCUGGGAAUGUCUGACAGAAGAUGGACCUGUGUCCUGUGGGAUUAGGAAGUUGUAGUUUAUCUAGCAGGAGUCCCUCUGUGUUCCAUCUCCAGUGCCGACCGGAGCUACUGGGCCCUGCGGAGCCCCGGGAGCUUUUCCAGGCAUGAGUGCCCAGGCCUGCCCCCAGCACUGAGACCCCGGAGCCGCCAGGAUGCCGAUCCCUCCUCCCCCGCCGCCGCCCCCCGGCCCCCCGCCGCCCCCCACCCUCAGUCAGGCGAACACAGAACCGCCCAAGCUGAGCCGAGAGGAGCAGCGGGGCCGCGGGGCCCUCCUGCAGGACAUCUGUAAAGGGACCAAGCUCAGGAAAGUGACCCAAAUCAAUGACCGGAGUGCACCCAUCCUGGAAAAGCCCAAGGGCAGCGGCGGCAGCAGCUACGGCUCCGGCUCAGCUGCCAUCCAGCCCAAGGGCGGCCUCUUCCAAGGCGGCGUUCCCAAGCUCAGACCUGUGGGAGCCAAGGACAGCUCAGACAGCUCCACUAAACAAACACUACAAGUCCCUGGCUCCCGAGCAGCUGCUCCCAGGCCCCCCGUGCCGGCCAGCAACAGCCGCCCUCAGGACGAUGCCGACAGCAGCCGGGGGUCCCCACCGGAACUGCCGCGCACGCAGAGACCCUCCCUGCCUGACCUGUCCCGGCCCGGCACCGCCGGUGGCACCGGCAUGAAGCACAGCUCCUCGGCCCCGCCACCCCCGCCGCCAGGACGCCGCGCCGCCGCCCCCCCGGCCCCCCCUCCAGCGCACGCCAAGGCCUCGCCCUACAACCGGGAGAAGCCGCUGCCGCCCACCCCGGGACAGCGCCUGCCCGGCAGCAGGGACGGACCCCCCGCCCCGCCGCCCAUCAAGCCCCCUCCUUCCCCCGUCAGCCUCCGCUCGGGCACUCAGUCUCUCGCCCCGCCACCUCCCCCUUACCGGCAACCCCCCGGUGUUCCCAACGGCCCCUCCAGCCCCAGCAGCGAGUCGGCCCCGGAGCUGCCGCAGAGACACAACUCCUUGCACAGGAAGGCGCCCGGGCCCUUGCGGGGUCUGGCACCGCCGCCGCCCACUGCUGCCUCCCCGUCCCUGCAGAGCAGCCGCCCCCCGCCGCCGGCCAGAGACCCCCCGAGCCGUGGAGCAGCUCCGCCGCCCCCGCCGCCGAUGCUGCGGAACGGAGGGCGCGACGCCCCCCCGCCCCCCCCCCCCUACAGACUGCACGGCCCCGCCGAGCCCCCCAGCCGGGGGAAGCCCCCGCCGCCACCCACCCGGACCCCGGCCGGGCCCCCGCCGCCACCGCCGCCCGUGCGGAACGGGCACCGGGACUCCAUCUCCACCGUCAGAGCAUUCCUGGAUGACUUUGAAUCCAAAUACUCCUUUCAUCCCGUGGAAGACUUCCCAGCCCCAGAGGAAUAUAAAUACUUCCAGAGAAUCUACCCCAGCAAAACAAACAGAGCUACGCGUGGGGCUCCCCCUCUGCCCCCCAUCCCCAGGUGAAAGCGGGCUGUGCAGGUGGAUUGUUCCAGAGCAGAGACAUGGAGCUCCUUCCCCUUCCUCAGCCGGACCCCCCCAGCUCCCAGCGCCCCGGAUCCUGCAUGACACACUCCCAGCCUCGCCGGUUUUCCCAGGACAAGUGGACCCCCUCCCAGUCCAGCGUGCUGCUCUGCCAGCCCCGCCUCAUCUAUGCACCCCCCAGGAGUCGGUGACCUCAUGGCAAGCCUGGAUGGGUCCAUCCCUCAUUCCUCCUCAUGGAUCCUGGGUCGGGAUCUGCCUGGGAGCCGGGCACGGGACUUGAGGCCGAGCCGUGUGCCGGCUGUUGGGACCAGGGGGGCUCAGGGAGGGGGGCUGGGGUCAGGCAGGGGAUGGACAUGCUGUGAGACCCCCCAGAGCGAGGGGAAGCAGGGACAGGCCGGCAGAGCCUCGUUAUCCUGGUGGAACCCUGUUAUCCCAGCACAGCCCAUUGCUUUUUUGCACAGGAGCCAGUGGAGGCAGGGGGGAACAUGAGUAGGACCAUGCAGGGACACCCCAACAGCUGGUGGGGACUCCCUUUCUCUGACCCCACAGGGGGGCACCCCCAUGUGCCCCCCUCAUAACCACUGCUCCCCUGGGAUUCCCCUGGCUCUCACUGCUGACUCUCCCCAAACUUGAGCAUUUUAACAGGAAAACACUAAUUACAUGGUGGGGGGAGCUCUUUGUGCUGGGUCUGGUACACCAGGGGGCACGUGGGGGGGCCCUGGGGGCCGGUGAUGUUUUGCCUUACACUCCCUGUCCUGGGGUGGUCCCAGCCCCACGGCGGGGGUCCCACUAACGUAGUUACUGAUCUCUUUGUACCAUAGCAGGAAGGGCACGGGGGGCAGGGGGGCCACCCCUGCAGACGGGUUUGGGGCUCAUUCAGGGGAUUUUUUUCUAUGAUGAUGGACCUUCCCCUGCUGAGGCUGGAGC